CAUUUUCAAGAAUCCGCCAUAUUCAAACUUCCGCCGAUACUGUGUGUGUGCAAUUGUCAUUGUUGUCAUCGUCCGUCUGUUUCUUUGUUCAAAUAAGGGCUGUUUACCGUCGCUUCCAUUCUCUGUCGAUUACUUGGCUGCACCCCCGUUGUGAUAUAGGUGUUAAAAAACGACCAAGCGACCCAAAAUGGAAGAAAGUGAGGAAGUUAUCGGGAGCACGACGACGGAGAACAAAAAGCAGACACUUCGCAGGGUGCCAUCGAGGACAUCUACCACCAGUAUUAUCAGUGCUGCAGAGUUAUCUCCCGAAACAGCAAGGAGGAACAACUCCAAAAAACCUCCACUGCAGAGAGGCAGCUCCUUCACCUUUCUCACUCCAGGGACACCUUGGGACUUCAGUCUAAAAAGAAAGCGCAAAGAGAAGGACGACGAUACGGUCAGCCUGUCCAGCUUUGACCUCAAGGAGCCUAAUAACAAGCGCGUGCGACCUCUGUCCAAGGUGUCGUCCUUGGCAAACUUGAUCUCUCCUUCAAAGAAUGGGGCCGUCCGCCGCUUUGGCCAGACAAUCCAGUCAAUGUCAUUACGUAGUGACAGCAAGUCACCAGGGUUGUCCCGCAAGGCCAGCAAGGCAGUGGGUCCAACUCCCACCAAACGGAGAAACAGCACUCUGUGGUCUGAGACACUGGAUGUCCAUCAGAAGAGCACAUUCUCCGCCAAAGAGAUCAAGAGACAAGAGGCAAUUUAUGAGCUUUACAGGGGAGAACAGGAUCUCAUUGAAGAUCUCCAACUUGCACGGAAGGCGUACCAUGAUCCUAUGCUAAAACUUUCUAUUAUGACUGAGGAGGAGCUGGCUCAUAUUUUUGGUGACCUGGAUGCCUACAUCCCCUUGCAUGAGGACCUACUGAGGAAGCUGACAGAGGGAACAGGCCCCAAUGGGACAGUAGGCCAGAUUGGACAGAUAGUAACAGACUGGUUGCCUGGCCUGAAUGCUUACAAGGACUACUGCAGCAACCAGUUGGCAGCCAAAGCACUGCUAGACCAGAAAAAGCAGGACAGGCGGGUCCAGGACUUCCUGCAGCGCUGCCUCGAGUCGCCCUUCAGCAGGAAGCUUGACCUCUGGAGCUUCCUCGACAUCCCACGUUCACGCUUGGUGAAAUACCCACUGCUGCUGCGGGAGAUCCUCAGACACACUCCUCCUGAUCACCCAGACGUUGCCAAUCUGGAGAGAGCUAUUACAAUAAUCCAGGGGGUUCUAUCUGACAUCAACAUGAGGAAAGGGGAGUCAGAGUGCCAAUAUUAUAUAGACAAGCUGGAGUAUCUUGACGAUAAGCAGCGGGACCCUCUUAUCGACAGCUGUAAGACCCUUCUGUGCCAUGGUGAACUGCGGAACAAGAGCGGCUCGAAGCUGCAUGUGUUCCUCUUUUCUGAGUUACUGGUUCUGACCCGGCCAGUGACACGAAACGAGAGGAGCUGCUUCCAGGUAUAUCGGCAGCCUAUCCCAGUCAGGGACUUGAAUGUAGAAGACCUGCAGGAUGGAGAGAUCCGAAUGGGGGGUUCCUUCAGAGGGGCUUUCACCAAUGGGGAGAAAGCUAAGAAUGUAUUCCGUGUGAGCUCCAUGGAUCCAUCCCAUGGCCAGUCCCACACCCUGCAGGUCAAUGAUGUCUACCACAAGCAGCAGUGGCUCAACUGCCUACGCAGUGCAAUGGCCCAGCACCAGGGGGCUCCACUCAGGCCUCAGGGUGAAGCUGUCAGAGCCAAGCGCCGCUCCUCCACUAUAUCAAACAGCAUCUAUGAUGAAGACACAGACGAGAACUGCCCCCAUGUCUCAGGUGCUAACCUCGGACCCCGUACACACUCCAAGACCAGACUGGACAAGAAGUUUCGUGGCUCACUAAAGAGGAAGGAGACUGAGGUGUAGACCCUAGAGUUGGGUGGGGGUAUUGGGGGAGAGGGGUCGGGCUCAGACAGGCACUCGGAGAGCAUAUGUAAAAAUUGUCCUGGUCAUGUGGGUCUGCCAAUGAAUGUCCAUGCAUCCAUUAUUUCAGUGCUUUUGCUCAGCAAAUAGUCAAUGAAUUGUCAUUGUCUUAAUAGCAGCAGUGAUUUUAAAAAGAAAAAAAAAACUCCGUCCAUGUGUAUAUUAAAUUUUAGUCUUAUCUCAUUAAGAAGGCGUAUUUAGUUUACAAAAAAGUAAGAUGUGCCAAUGUGACUGAAAUGUAUGUUUACAGCAGAAAAACCUGUGUUGAAUUAGGGUUUCAAGUGUUUUCAUAAGUUAAAACAAGCAAAAAUGUUUUAUACCACUUGUAGCGCUUAAGAAUUUGUUUCACUGUUGAUUCCAAACUCAUUGAUUUCUUUAAACAUUUGAUUAGUUUAUUUCAUCAUUUUGUAAUCAUGCCUCUAAAUGUAUUGUCUGUUGCAUGACAGCAUGUGCGUUGAAGCGUUAUCUGUCUCCAGAUAAAGGGAAGUUUCAACUGACUGGUUAAGUGUGGUCUGCUGGAGGAAGCACAGUUUGGUGAAAUGAGAGACUGAGGAAGUGUCUUUGAGAUCUCAAUGUAACAAGCAGGACACUGCUGAGAGCAGACAGCUGAGAUACAUUGAGGCAAGGACAUCUCUUAAAAAUUGAAGUAAAAUCUAGUGGCAUGUGAUGCACAGAUGUUUAAUUAAAAUAAAACCAUCACGUAUUCUGCA